AUGUCAGAAAAAGUUUGCAUCCAGUUUUACUGGAAAACUGUUUUGGUAUUGAAUCUGCUCGUUGUCCGACAUGUGCUACUCGCUCAAAACUUGGCUCUGAACAAACCAACCAUCAACAGUUCGGUCUACCCAUAUUAUUUCAGUCCUAGUUCCAACUUACUUGUCGACGGUGAUUCAAAUCCUGAAUUUGAAAAUAGACAUUGUUUUAGUACAGGCGAUGGUCCAGGUGGUCCCAACUGGGCAGUUAUCGACCUCUUCAAUCAGUACCAUGCUGAUUAUGCUAAUCUUUUCUCGAGAGGAUAUUGUUGUACCGAUCGGAUGGACUACUUUUUGAUUGGGCUCACUUCAGUCGAUUACUUCCCUUUCGGAUCAGCGUCAAACAUCGUCAGAGGAGACUACCCUCUCUGCGGUCAGUACGAGUACAAAUCUGUGACAGCUGCCUGGCACAAACUGAAAUGCAACGCCAAUCUCAUCUCUGCCUAUCGAUACGUCAUACUUCAGCAACCAUCUACCGGACCUGGCUUACUCACCGUUUGCGAAAUGGAGAUUUACGCUGCUCUUAAUAUUAACUGUAAAUAUUUUUAA